UUAUCCGCAAGUUUUUGAGACCUUAGGUUGAUGAUCUUGGAGCCUGAUACGACAUGAAAGAGGCCCUUUUGUGAAUUUUUUAGCUUUAUCAGAAUUGUUUAGCAGUCAAAAGCUCAUCAUUGCCUGCUUAUUUGAGGUCAAUCUAUAAUGCUGCUCAAUUUCGGCAAAAUACGAUCUCCAAACUCUGAAAAUGUGGCUGUCCCAAGUCAUGGAAAAUUGAUUAUAUAUGUAGUAUUCUAAUUCGAUGAUGCAUGCAGGGUUGCUGUUAGUCAUGGCUAAAAUUUGAUAAUGUAUGUUAAUAGAUUGAGGUGUCGCAUCUCAUCAAAUGGCAUGACAUUGUUGCAGAUACUUUUUAAUGUUUUGAUAUCUCGUCAGGUUUCAGAUUAUGAGUUUCUAGUCCCAUUGCUUAUCAAUAUAUACAGACACAUUUAAUGACAAAAGCUUUAGGAGAUAAACGAGAAUGGCAGUCAGAGGUGGGAAGAACGGGGUUUUGAGAUACUUGAAGAGAAGAAGGUGGGGAACCUUCUUGAUUUAAGGAUCUAAGAGUCUGCAGUAGCAGGCAGUCUUUAAGCAAAUUAGUGUUCGUUUUAGUCAUGAUUCUUCUCUUGUUGAUGAAGCUGAACUUCAAUGUCAGCAAAAACUUCAGAUGCUAUAUGCUUCUACAAAAGCAGCGAAGCAUCUUCAACGGGACAUUGUACGUGGUGUCGAGGCAUUCAUUGCUAUUAGUUCUAAGCAGAUGGAAAUAGUAAACAAGCUAGCUGAAGAUUGUUGCAAAUAUGGAACCAAGUAUCAAGAUUUUGGCUUUCCUUUAGCGUCUGGUGCUCUAAACUUUGGUACUUCUCACAGUAUGAUGGAGAAAGAGAGGGCUAAUCUUCUCACAAUACUUGGAGAUCAGGUCUAUGAACCAAUACGAGCAAUGAUAAUAGGAGCCCCUCUAGAAGAUGCCCGUUUCUUGACUUACCGUUAUGACCGGAUUAGACAAGAUGUGGAAGCACAGACAGCAGAAGUUCUUAGACGUCAAUUGAAGUCCAAGGAAGUUGUUGAAACCACGGAUGUUUCAGCCAAACUUCAACAUGCAGAAUCAAAGUUACAAGAACUGCGGACUACUCUAUCAGCAUUGGGCAGAGAAGCAACUGCUGCUAUGAUGGCUGUUGAGGAUCAACAACAACAGAAUACUUUUAAUCACCUGCUUGCAAUGGUUGAUGCUGAGAGGGCUUACUAUCAGAGUGUUGCCAACAUUCUAGAUAAACUCCAUGAUGAGAUGGUCCAAAUGAAGGAUAAUCAUGGGUCCGUGAGACAGGCUGCAACAAUUGAGACCAUACAAAAUGACGAUUCCAAGACAAGUCAAUCGCAUUAUGUGUCUGUGACACAGGCUGCAACAACUGAGAUUAUGCAAUCUCAAACAGGAAAUGAAGAUUCCAAUAUGAGUCCAUCUCAUCAAGAGUCUGUGACACAGGCUGCAACAACAGAGACUGUUCAACGUCAAACAGGAAAUGAAGAUUCCAAGAGAAGUCAAUCUCAUCAUGUGUCAGUGACACAGACUGCAACAACUGAGACCAUGCAAUCUCAAACAGGAAAUGAAGAUGUCAAGACAAGUCGAUAUCAUCAUGAGUCUGUGACACAGACUGCAACAACUGAGAUGCAAUCUCAAAAAGAUGACAAUGAUUCCAAAGCAAGUCGAUCUGGCGAUUUCCAAGUAAAUGGUCAGAAUCCAAUGUAUUUUGUUGCACAAGUUGUCCACUCAUUUGAUGCGCAAGCUGAUGGAGAGUUAAGUCUAUCAGUUGGUGAUUAUGUUGUAGUUCGCCAGGUAGCACCUAAUGGAUGGUCUGAAGGUGAAUGCAAGGAAAAAGCUGGGUGGUUUCCAUCCGCUUAUGUGGAGCGACGAGACAAAGCUCCAGCAAGCAAGGUGAUAAAGACCCACUAGCCGACAUGAUCGCUGCAUGCAAAUCAAUAUUCUUGUAAAGAUGCAUGUUGUCCGGUUACAAAAUCUCCUUGUUCUUUUGAGCCUGCCAUUAGCUUCUCUAAAAGGUUGGAAUUGCUCUGUGAAAAAACAGGAUGUCUUGCGAGUGUAGUUUGCAUACAUGUUUGUGCUUAAAACAACAGCAUGAUGUAUACAUGUAAGAACUUUUCGUGCCUUUUUAUUUUUUUGUUGGAGAUGGAUGUAGCAAAUUGCUUGAGCUUUUUCGUUGCAGGAUCAUCUUUUCUUCA